GGCGAAAAAGCCAUCACCGCCCCUCCUUCCUUCUUCUUCCGUAACCCUAACCCUGUGAUUCCGCCAUGGCAAACCACGGCUCCGACAGGGAAACGGACUCCAAUACUCGGCUGUACAACCCAUACCACGACCUUAACAUCCAGGUCCCCGUCAACACCCUCUACAAGCUUCCCACUUCCCCAGAAUUUCUCUUCUCCGAAGAAUCCAUCCACCAGCGCCGUUCCUGGGGUGAAAACCUCACAUUCUACACCGGCACAGCUUAUUUAGCUGGUUCUGUCUCCGGUGCAGCUGUUGGAAUCUUCUCGGCUGUCAGGAACUUCGAACAAGGUGACACCUUGAAGCUGAAAAUCAAUAGGAUCUUGAAUAGUUCGGGUCAUUCGGGGAGAUCGUGGGGGAACCGGGUUGGUAUUGUGGGUUUGAUCUACGCGGGGAUGGAGAGUGGGAUUGUGGCGGCAACGGACCGUGAUGAUGUCUGGAGCAGUGUGGCGGCGGGGCUUGGUACAGGUGCGAUUUGUCGGGCUGCAAGAGGGGUGAGAUCUGCGGCGGUUGCUGGAGCGCUUGGAGGAUUGGCUGCUGGUGCUGCUGUCGCGGGGAAGCAGGCCUUGAAGAGAUACGUACCCAUAUGAAAGAGUUCAAAAUUUCCCAGUAAGCUGAUUUUUCUUCAAAAGUUUUGGAGGUUACAAAUUCAAUGGGAUUUGAUAGUUUUUUAGAGAUUUAACUUAUGAUAUGAAUGUAAUAUUUGCAAUUAUAUAUUCUGAGACGGAUUAAUAAUGGUACUGGAUUGAUGAUUUUGACCAUUUUGGUAUAUAUGGAUCGGCAUUCGAUCAAAAACUUUACGUUGUCUUGUUAUUCUAUUGUUAUAUCUGCAUUUGUUGGUUAUGUGAACAGUUGAAAUUUUGAAUGGUUCUGUAAUUAGACUGCUGGUUUUGUCCAUUAAAUCAUUGUGCAGCUU